AGAGGAGCGGUAAAGUACCAUCAAAGUUUGCCUACGGGGCUGAAAACAAUGUGGACCGUGAUAGUUGGGGUUUUGAGGUGUCGGAAGACAUGAUAUCCUGCUCAUGGACUAAACUUGUCUUGGAGGCCAACGCAAAUGGACUUGAACUUGGUCAGGGUGGCCUUGGAGAUGAUGUCUUUCACGUUCCUGGAGGGAAGCAGGCAGACUCCGUCGUCCGUGACUAUCUACGACGGCUUCAUGACCAUAUUUGGUCUCAGGAGCCUUUCAAGUCUGUUGGGAAUACAGAGGUUGAGUAUAUCCUCACUGUUCCAGCCUCAUUCUCGAGAGGGGCCCAGCUCGCGAUGGUUGCUGCUGCGAAGGAUGCUGGGUUUAUUGAGGGUGAUAUCAACCUUCUCACGGAGCCUGAAGCUGCGGCGGGAUACGUGUUUGAGCAAGGCCUCCUCAAGGACAUAAAGGCAGGUGAAAAGGUCAUGAUAGUUGAUCUUGGAGGCGGAACCUCCGAUGUGAGCUCGUAUAUGGCACUCCAAGUUCAGAAUGGCUUGCAACUACAACAGUUGUCGGCCCCCCAAAGUCGCAAUAUUGGGGGGACCAACAUCGAUAGAAACUUCUCUUCUCUUCUAACCGAUCGAUUUGAUCCGGAAUUGCCACCCUUCCUUCUAAUCGAACUGGGCCGUCCAGUCGACUGAUGAGAGAGUUCGCACGUUACAAGAGAGACAUCACUGACGGCGACGGAAAUGGGGAACAAUUUCGAAUUCGACUGCCCUUGGGUAUCGUCGACCCUAAUCCGCUACAUUAUGACGUUGACUACAGCGAAAUCAUCAUCUCAAUGGAUGACUGGAGGGCCGUUUUCAACCCUGUCCUGAAAGAGAUACUAGAAUUUAUCCGAGACAUGUACAACGCUGCGGGCGGUGUCCAGGUGAUUAGGAAUUGGGCUCUGGAAAGAGAAUAACUGACUGACAUAUAUCCAUCCCAGUACGUGGUAUU